AUGGCGAGCAAGCAGCUUGGAAAGUUGCGCCAGUGGGCCGGCGAAGUAAUUUCGUCGCGGGACCGGACCAUCGUCACAGAUGAAUUUCGUGAGCUUGAGCACGAUAUCGAGCUGCGAAGGCAGGGCUUGUGGAAGCUCCAUGUCGCAUCGGAGGAUUGUCACGAAGCCCUCCGAAAGAAGAAGAUUUCUGAGGUCAUCGAGGACUCCGGGAAAAUGCUGCCCAUCGACGCGCUAGGCGUGGUUAUGAUCCAGCACGGGGAGGAGUUUGGCGAUGAUUCUGCCUUCGGGACAUCUUUGGUUAACUUGGGUCGUGCUCACUGCAAGAUGGCGACGCUCCAGGAGACGUACGCGAUGCUGUUCGAGGAGAACUAUAUCGCUUCGUUGCGUCGUGCCGAAGACGAGAUCAAGGAGUAUCAGGUGGUGCGAAAGAAGCUCGAGAGCAGACGGUUAAGCUACGAUGCAGCUAUCACAAAACUAGAUAAGGUGAAGAACAGUAAAAAGGAGAAAGAGAAAGAGCGGAUAGAAGCCGAGGAUGAAUGUGCGAGAGCGCAGUCGCGCUACGAAGAGACUGCCGAGGAUGUGCGCGCGCGCAUGCACGCAAUUCAAGACAACGAGGUCUCUCUGUUGCGGGAGCUCUCAGGACUAUUGGACGUCGAGAUCAAUUACGCCGAACAAUGCGUGGAAGUCCUGCGGGAUGUGAAGUCAGGCUGGGUUGACGAGUCUACACUACAGCAGAUGGAACCUCAUCGUGGGAAGGCGGGUCCUACGCACUCGUUCAUCCGCUCUGCACCGAACGAGCAUCGCUCUAACUCUGUACGUUCAAUGAAGUCCCUUUCAAAGCACGCAGAGUUGUCGGACGAGUCCGUAGAAGAGCCGUCGAAGGGGAUAAGGAGAUCGCUGAGUCGGCGAAAGUCACAGGCCAGCAGCAGGGCGCCGUCUCGCGCGCAAUCUCGUGCGUCUAGGAAGCGCUCAGACAGCACUGCGACUGCGGCAAGCGAGAAGGACAGAGACAAGACGGACAAGGAGAAGGAGAAAGAGAAGGCCGACAAGGCGCCGCGGAAGAUGAGCGUGGCAGGGUGGGCAUCCAGUGCGAUGAGCUCUGUCACGGCCCUUGGGAAGAAAGACAAGGAUAAGGACGCCUUUGCUGCGCUACAUGACGAUGCUGGAGUCGGCCAUCACCCUGGAGACGAGGAUUAUGCUGACGUGAAGAGAUCCACAGGCAUGUACGCCAAGAGCAAGAGCGCGCCUGCCACACCGAGUCUGUCUCCUAAGGGGGUCACCCGUAUGCCUGCGAGUCAAUCGAUGUACGCAUCCUCGCGAUGGAACGCGGCUCCACGCAAGGUUGCGGUGGCGCUGUAUGACUUCGCUGCGGGAUCGUCGGACGAGCUGACGUUCCGCACGGGGGACCAGAUCGUUGUCGUUAACGAGGUGCUCGACGGCUGGUGGAUGGGCGAGCUGGGCGGAAAGCGCGGUCUCUUCCCCAGAACGUACACGGAAGUGAUCAACCCGCCUUCGCUCUCUGUGUCUUCGAGACCGCCAUUACCGCAGCGCCCACCUGUCAUAUCACGCUUUGGCGCCAACACGCCCUCUACGCUUUCCUUGGACAGCGACGAUCCCAAACGCGGGACGGAGCAUGUCGGGACGGAGGAAUUUGUUACGAGCGAUGUGGACGAUGAACAUCUCUUUGGCGACCACAACUAUGCGGGGGUCAGUAGUCCCCUGUACGGCGCGUUCAAUCACGACGGUGCAAGCAGCGGUGGGGAGGACGAUGAGGAGGAGCACCUCAUGCCAAUCCGGCGGUCGAAGGACGACGACGAUUCCGAUACGUGGCAGACCAGCACCUCGUACCUCCCACCGGGAAGGAUCUCUGAGAUUGCGGUGAAGGCAGCGCCUGCGAAGAAGCCGCCGCCACCUCCUCCCCCUCGGCGGUCGGCAACCGCCUCUCCGUCUGUUCCGCCGGUGCCCAGUCGUCAUGGGACAAUCCGCUCCAAGUCGUCGCAGGGCAGCUCGGUGUCGCUGGUGGCGUUGGCUAAUACUCCCACCAAUUCGGUGGGAAUGGCCAGGAUGACACAUUCGCCGUUCGACAGCCCGCGAGACUUUCAAUGA